AACGCAGGGGAAAUGCACCUUAAGCCUCAAACCAGGGCUCCUCUUCCACCCCGCCCUGAAAAGGGCAGGUUAACGUGGAAGCCCUACCUGGUAAAACCCGCUGCGGUUCACCUCACGCGAAAUAAGGAGGAACCCGGUAUCCUGCAAGGAGGGCCCGGUUUAUCACAAUAAUACCUACGACUUUUUACGUUUGCGUUCGUUAAAUAAAAUCUGCUAGAGUAAAAUUAUUAUUCUAGCAGAAGUUUCAUACUAAUUUAACUGUUAUUUAACAGGUCAAGUCUUCCCAUGUAAACACAGCUGUCCAUUUUGUAAGCAAAUUGUUUUAACAAAAAAACAAAACACGUGGUUGCGUUACCCUAUAUUGCAUGGUGUAAGAGAAUCACCGAUCACUUUCUCUUCGGUCUUUGGUUAUUGACCGGUUAAGUAUAAACAAUCAAAACCUUUUCUAUCGACUCCCAGAAGGGUUAAAAAUAAUAAAUCUUAAUUUAACUAGUCACUCCCGCUACAGUGCGAAUCUCUCGUGAACUUUAAUUUUUUUAAUUACAUAAUUCGAUCAUUAAAUCAUCCUAUGAUUAUGUGAAUAAUUACAUGACUUUUAUAAUAAUUUUCUAGUUUUUUAUCAAUAUUUAGAUAGACAUAGACAUUUUUUACAGGUAUAUAAAAAUAAGUAUGUGUGCGCGCGCGCGUGUGUGUUUAUGUGUUUGAGUAUGUACGACAAUAUUAUACGAUGUACACGUGCCCAGCCAUACAACAAAUUAUUAUCGAUCUUGAGAUCUUAAAUGGCGAGGCCUAUGAAAUGUUUUUAAGAAAUAAAGUCUUCGGCAUUUUUAUUAAAGUACCAUUAGCGACCAGUCCAGACUAGCGUAUGGUUUACCAGCACGAUGGCUGCCCGCACACUUUAGAAUUAAAGUACGCGAAUGGCUUGACAAUAAUUUUCCAAACCGAUGGAUUGGCAAAGGAGGACCUAUUCCUUGGCCGGCGAGGAGUCCAGACUUAACCCCUAUAGACUACUACAUCUGGGGUCACAUGAAGAGCCUAGCGUGUGCGACGUGUCUCCGUCACUCAUACCAACAAUCGACGAACUAAAAAGGCGAAUAAUAAUUGCUGUCCAACAAAUAAAAUUAAUUUGUCAAGUGGUGUCGUUAAAUCCGAAUUACGAAAACGCAGACGUCUUCGCACAAGAAAAAGAGUAUAUUAUUUUGAAAACAUGCUAUAAAAUAAUGUAAAAAUCACCAGCCACAUUACUAUUAGUUUUUGCUUCCUAACUUCUCCUCAUCUAAUUAAACCACCACUAGAGUCAUAGCUAGAGACUAGUGGUGGUUAAAUUAGCGCCCAGUGUGUUAAUUAUCACGCUUUUCUCUCUUAACGAUUAACGCUACUCAAUAGGUAGGUAUAACUUCACGCGCUAACACGAUUCACUGGUGAAAUUCCAAAACGAUUUAACGAUCCAACGACCAAACGAACGAAACGAGACCGCGGCCACAGUGUGACCAGAUUAAGCAGAAUUCUGCACCUUUAGCAGAUUUGACUCCCCAUUUGUGGUCCAGCAUAUUGUGUCGCAGAUCUGAAAUGAUAUCAGUUUUUAGCAGAACUUUAUCAUGUCUUAGCAGAAAAUUAGCAGGAUCAGACACUGGUUACUUUUGCGCAGUUUAUUUUGGUUACACAGUAUAAAAUCACUCUCAAAGUGGUGUGAAAAAUCUACCAUUCUUAAAUAAUGCACUUUUUUUCUUAGUGUUGCUACUUAGGUAGAAUUCAAUGGAAAUCCCUGAAUAUCGAUAGAUAUUUUAUUUCAAGUUGUAGUACUUGUUGCAGAGUUCAUCGUAGUCAUCCAUCUUCAGUCAGUUGUGUCGUGCGAGUUAAAUUUAUUAAAAAUGAAAAGAAAAUAUGACCAAAACUAUCAUUCUAAGUGGGAAAAGGAACCUCUGUUUCCAUCCUGGCUAUCAAGAUCCAAAUAUGACAAGAAUGCUGCUUUUUGUAAAGCAUGUAAUAUGAAAUUAGUUUCACGGCUAUCAAUUUUGAAAGAUCAUGUAAAUUAGAUAAAACACAAAAAAUGUAUUAUUGGAUAUACUGGACAGUCAUCCUACAUAUAUUUUCUGAAUAACAUUUUUUAUACGUGUCACAAUCAAAUAGAAUAUUACAUUUCGAUUGCAGGUACAAACAUUCUCUGGCAAAACUUCCAUAACAGAAGAGGCAAAGAAAGCUGAAAUCAAAAUGUGUGCAUUUCUAGCAGAACAUAAUUUACCAUUUAGGUUAUGGAUCAUUUGAGUGAAUUAUCAGAAAAAUGUUUUCAUGGCUCAGAAAUUGCGAAUUCGUUUUCGUGCAAAAGAACUAAAGCUGCUGCAUCAACAUACAAUGUUCUGAAACCAGCAGUGGAAAAAUAAUUGCAUGAUGAAUUCGCUUGUUGUGUAAAUAUACGCUCCAGAAAUCCUAUUUUUUCAGUUGUAGUAGAUGAAAGUACCGAUGUCACUUCAUCGAAGGUUCUAGCUGUAAUAAUAAAAUAUUGGAAGGUGGUAGUAUUGCUAAUAUAAAAGAUUUUAAUCCACAUUGCGUGUUCAUAAAAUGUGUUUGCCAUUCGAUCGCUUUGGCUGUAAGUCAUGUCAGUAAAAGUACUUUGCAGUAGUAAGAAGUGUAAAUCGGAUCUUCAAAGAAGUUUUGGAUACUUCGCUCAUAGCAGCAGACGACAGCGUGAAUUUAAAGAUUUCCAAAACUUUUUCAAUUCUGAAAAUCACAAAAUUCUGCAGCAUUCCGAAAUACGCUGGUUAUCACUUCAUGCAUGCAUCAACAGAAUUAUUGAACAAUGGGAUCCAUUGAAACUUUACUUUCAAAGACAAUAUCUGAAAGACAAGAAUAUCUCAGCUGAAUUUUUAUCCCAAAAUUUUGAAGAUGAUAUUAUAAAACUUUACUUUUAUGCCCUUGAUUAUAUUAUACCCAUACCAAAAAUGAAUGUAAUUUUUCAAGGCGACUUCUUCACAGUACAAACAAUAAACAUAUGCUGGUACUACUUUUGA